GAAUUUACCAACGAAGUUGCAAGUUUCAUACAACAGUGAGUCAAGUUCUGGUGACUGGUUCUGGCCGCUUGUAAAGAGCGUGACGAUCAAGGUACCCCACUGUCAUGAAUUCCUGGAGCACAUUGUGCUUCUUGAUCUGCCUGGUACUGGAGACUGCAAUAAGAUUAGAGAUGACCUGUGGAAAUCUAAACUGAGAGAGUGCUCUUCUGUGUGGAUUGUAAGUGAUAUCAAGCGAGCAAUCUCUGACAGAGACCCCUGGGGGAUAUUAAAGUACUGCAUUGAAGAACUGGGACCAGGAGGAAAAUGCAAAAGCAUCAAUUUCAUCUGUACAAAGACUGAUGAUAUCAAUCUAGGAGCGUAUAUUAGAUCUGCACGGCUUCCAAGAGACCAAAUUCCAGAAGACAAGGAUCAGAAAAAACCAUGCAUACUUCAUAGAAAUGAACAUGCCAAGACAAGGGUCAAAGAAAAGUUUGAAAAUUCUGAAAUCAAGAAAAUAUUCAACACUGACAAUCAGUUUCAAGUUUUUACUGUGAGUUCCAAUGCAUUCUUUGACCACAAUUUAAAUCUGGAAUCAAGUGAAACAGAAAUCCCAAAUCUGCAGGAUGAUCUGAGGAAUCUUAACAAGAGCAUUAAUAUAGAAUUGACCAGAGAAUAUGUCAAUAAAGUAAAGGGAGUUUUGUCCUUGAUCCAAAGUGGCCAGCUGGAUAAAGACAAGAAAAAGAUUGAAAUGAAAGUCAACAAAUUUAAGAAGAACCUAAAGGAGUCACUAUCUGAACUGGACAAAUAUUUUGUCAGCAUUUAUAAAGAUCUGGAGCAGCAUCUCUCAAAGGGACUGGAAGAAUCAGUGAGCUCAUGUGUUGCUUCCACAAAGAAAAUGAUAUCUAGUAAAGAUGGAAGGGGGUUCCAUAAAAUCCUUGGAGCUUUGUGCAAGAACUACGGAUGCUAUUGGUCCAAAAAUUGGGAUGUAGUUCUAGACCUGAACAAGACAUUGGCCAAACAUUUGCACAAAAACAUUUAUGAUGAUUUCUGUAAGAUUUUUCCUGUAACUGGAAAAACAGGAAAAUCAGUGCAGGAACAGAUUGACAAGUUCAGUAUCAUCCAGAGUGACUCUGCUUACCCCAGCUCUGACAUACUACAUCACAUUCACAACUUCAUCAAAAUAGAGGAAACCAAACUGAAGGCAGCGCUCAACAGAGACAUUGUUGACAAGAAGAAGGACAUCUACUCAUCAAUACAAAUAACAAUUGUGAAUGAAAUGGCUUCUUGCUAUCAGCAAGCUGCAGCUGUGAGAGGAACAGGAUCCAUGAAGAAAAUGCAAGACCUGUUAAUAAACACAGUCGAUCAGAAAAAAGAAGACAUGUUCAAAAAAGCAAAAAUGGAAGUGCUUAAAAAGUUCAAUAACUUAAAGCUGCACAUAAAGAGUACUCUUGAAAAUGAACUACAGAAAGCAAUAGAACGCUCACAAUCACAAAACAGCAAAAAGACACGGAUGGAUGUCUCCAGAGAGAUUGAAGAGCUGGAGAGACUUCUAGAUCAUCUGUCUGACUGAUGCUCAUCAAGCAAGAGAAACAGCACAAAUCACAAAAGAAACAUAACUACUGUAUUGUGCAACAAGUGUAACACAUUUACAGCCAAUGUUUUCUUUAGUUUUAGAACUUUUUUUUUUACUCAAAUGUGUUUGUUCAUUUCAUUUUCAUCAAAUUUCUGAACUUUGGGGUUUAUUAUAGGGGCUGCAUGAUAUACAAACUGUAUACUGAUUUGUUGUUUUUAUUAUAACUGUUUUACAGCAAGACAUAAAUUACACUUAAAAAUGUAACUGUCUAAUUUUCAAGAACCUGAAUAGGCUACAUUUGAUUAAUUUACAGUAUAGAUUGUAAUGUAAUUGCAAAGGCCUUUCUGAAACAUAUGCAGUAGUGACAGUCAAGACAGGCUGUCAAGAUAUUUCAAAUUUCUUGAUGUAUUUACAGUGUUAGAAAAGCUUUGUCAGAAUAAAAAAUACAUUCUUGUCUUCCCAAUAUUGACGUACUGUAUCUGAGUGAAACGACUUCUCAAACAAGAAGAAAAAAUAGGACGGGGCUUGAUUGUCAAGCGAGAACUGAGUGGAUUGUACAAAGUGUAUAAAGUUUGCUAAUUGCUGCGAUUGUUGCAUGUGAGUGACAAGUUGUUGGUGGGGAGGGAUUGAAACCCCUGAUUUAUAACAGAACAAUUAUACAUAACAUAUAUAUAGAUCCAUGAUUGAAAUGCAUGUGGUUAACUAGUAGUGUAUUUCCUGAGUAACACAGGAAUGUUAUGUGAGUCAACAUCAAAACUACUGCUGUUGAUGUUCAUAAUGUACCUCAUCCAAAUAUGGUAAUGCUGAUGCUGUUGAAAUGUUAAUAAUUAUUCAUGAUUGUCUUGAUCAUAAAAACUUA